AUGAAAGCACAUUUUUGUGACGUGCCAGGAAGCAUUAGAAAACCGUGUGGACCUGCAGAUAUCUCAGCAGCUGGAUGUGAAGCCAUAAACUCCUGCUUUGAUGGCCAAAAGUGCUACUUUGGAAAGGCAGUCACUGUCCAAUGCACCAAGGAUGCCCAGUUCAUUGUGGUAGUGGCCAGAGAUGCCACUCUGCCCAGCCUUGACCUUGAGUCAAUCUCACUAUUGGAGAAGGUCAAGGCUGUACUCAAGUUUGCCAUUUACCAGUUUCCUGUUACUGCCUGUGGCUCUGUUGUUAUGGAGCCUAGUGUUAUAAUCUAUGAGAACAGGAUGUCCUCCUCAUAUGAAGUGGAAGUGGGGCCUCUUGGAACCAUUACAAGAGACAGCCACUUUGAAUUUAUCUUCCGGUGUAUGUACAUCGGCACUUCUGUUGAAACUGUGGUUGCAGAGGUAUUUCAGAUAACAACUCAGCCUUUACCAGUUGCUGCUCUGGGACCCAUCUUAGUGCAGCUGAGGUUGGCCAAUGGACAGUGCCAUACAAAGGGUUGUAAUGAAGCCGAUGCGGCCUAUAACUCUUUCUAUACGGAGGCAGACUAUCCUGUGGUCAAAGUACUAAGGCUCUCUGUGUUCGUGGAGGUUGAACUGAUGGAUAAGACAGAUCCCAUGCUUGUCCUGACUCUUGGUCGCUGUUGGACAACCACAAGCCCUAACCCUCACAGUAUGCCCCAAUGGGACCUUCUGAUAGAUGGGUGUCCAUACAGGGAUGAUCGCUAUAUUUCCUCACUGGUUCCAGUUGAUUCCUCUUCUGGCCUGCUAUUCCCGAGUCACUUCAGGCGUUUCAUUUUCAAAAUGUUUACCUUCGUGGAUACUGGCACAGGAGAACCGAUGAAGGAGCUGGUGUGCAUUCACUGCAGUACAGCUGUGUGCCCCGCUGCACCUGGACGCUCCUGUGAGCCAUCAUGCUCCAGAAAAGCGAGAGAUGUUGGAGCUGUGGACCAGAGGAGGGAAGAGCCACAGGUUGUGGUCUCUGUUGGACCUGUGGAAAUGACUGCUGCUGAGGAGGAGUAA